CGUCUUGGAGCCGCUGGCCGCCAACGUGGGCCGAGCGGCUGCGGCCGGCAGCGCCUCCCUGGAGUUGAUCACGGGGUUGCUGCGGACCUGCGCCGCAUGGGGUGUGUCGGUGCCGGAGGGGGUGAUGGGCCCGAUUGCACGCGCGUGUGAGGUGUUUGUACGGCAGGUUGUGAAUGGGAUGGAACCAGGCCUCAUAUCGGCGCUGUUCGAGUCGACGAGGUUCAAGGCAGAGACCGCCCGCGCCGCCACCGCCUCCUCCCUCUCAUCAGACCGUGUGCUGAGGGAGCUGCUGGAGGGCGCUGUGCUGCCGCUGGCGCAGCUGGGACAGGCCUUCCCGGAGAGCGAGGUGUUCUUCGCGGCGCUGCACCACUGGCGCGCCAGGGGCUUCCCGGACUGGAGUGCCCGCAGGGCGGCGCUGCUGCUGCGGGGGCUGGCGGUGCCGGGGGCGCGGGGCUGGCACCAUCGGAUCAAGAUGCG